GAGGCAGCGCGCACGGUGCAGCCGGGCCGGGCGGGAGGCAUGGCGGGGCCCCCGGCCCUACCCCCGCCGGAGACGGCGGCGGCCGCCACCACGGCUGCCGCCGCCUCGUCGUCCGCCGCUUCCCCGCACUACCAAGAGUGGAUCCUGGACACGAUCGACUCGCUGCGCUCGCGCAAGGCGCGGCCGGACCUGGAGCGCAUCUGCCGGAUGGUGCGGCGGCGGCACGGCCCGGAGCCGGAGCGCACGCGCGCCGAGCUCGAGAAACUGAUCCAGCAGCGCGCCGUGCUCCGGGUCAGCUACAAGGGGAGCAUCUCGUACCGCAACGCGGCGCGCGUCCAGCCGCCCCGGCGCGGAGCCCCGCCGGCCCCGCCGCGCGCCCCCGCGGGGCCCCGCGCCGCCGCCGCGCCGCCGCCCACGCCCCGCCCGCGCCACCGCCCGCGCCCUGCCGCCCGCCCGGCGGCCCCGCGCGGCCGCGCCGCCGCCACAGCGCCCCUCGCCCGGCCCGCGCAGCCGGCCCCGCGCGCAGCGGGCCGCGCGGCCGCGCCGCCGCCCGCGCCGGCCGCUCCCCGGCGCCGCCCGCGGCCGCGCCCGCCCCCCCGCCCGCCGUCGCGCCCGGAGCCGCCGCUGCCGCCGCCGCCACCGCCGCCGGCGCCGCCACAGCAGCAGCAGCCGCCGCCGCCGCCGCCCGCCACGCCGCCGCCGGAGGGGGGCGCGGCGCGGGCCGGCGGCCCGGCGCGGCCCGUGAGCUGCGGGAGGUUCGUGCGCUACCUCGGGGGCAGCGGCGGCUCCGGAGGCCGCCUGACCCGCGGCCGCGUGCAGGGGCUGCUGGAGGAGGAGGCGGCGGCGCGGGGCCGCCUGGAGCGCACCCGCCUCGGAGCGCUUGCGCUGCCCCGCGGGGACAGGCCCGGACGGGCGCCGCCGGCCGCCAGCGCCCGCCCGUCUCGGAGCAAGAGGGGUGGAGAAGAGCGAGUGCUUGAGAAAGAAGAGGAAGAUGAUGAAGACGAAGAGGAAGAUGAUGAAGACGAUGUGUCUGAGAGCUCAGAAGUGCCAGAGAGUGACCGUCCUGCAGGUGCUCAGCACCAUCAACUCAAUGGCGAGCGGGGCCCUCAGAGUGCCAAGGAGAGGGUCAAGGAGUGGUCGCCCUGUGGACCCCACCAGGGCCAGGAUGAGGGGCGGGGACCAGCGCCGGGCAGCGGCACCCGACAGGUGUUCUCCAUGGCAGCCAUGAAUAAGGAGGGGGGAUCAGCCUCUGUCGCCACCGGCCCAGACUCCCCGUCCCCGGUGCCUUUGCCCCCAGGAAAACCAGCCCUCCCUGGGGCCGACGGGACCCCCUUUGGCUGUCCUCCGGGGCGCAAAGAGAAGCCGGCUGACCCCGUGGAGUGGACGGUGAUGGAUGUGGUGGAGUAUUUCACAGAGGCAGGCUUCCCCGAGCAGGCGACAGCUUUCCAAGAACAGGAGAUCGAUGGCAAGUCUUUGCUGCUGAUGCAGCGCACAGACGUCCUCACCGGCCUGUCCAUCCGCCUCGGCCCCGCCCUCAAAAUCUACGAGCACCACAUCAAGGUGCUUCAGCAAGGCCACUUUGAGGACGAUGACCCUGAUGGCUUUCUAGGCUGAGCGCCCAGCCUUGCCCCUGCCCAUCCCAGCCCCCCCCCCAACCGAAAACCCCCACAAGCCAAGAACCGGAAGGGGAACCCCCCCCAAAAAAAUCCAAGGAAGAGAAAAAACCUCCCUUUCUCAUCUCCUUCCUUUGUGUCUCACACACACACACCUGCCCCCCAGCUCAUCAGUGUGGCUGGGGGGGGGCAUCGGCCUGUUCCUUUCACCCCGGGAGGCCAGUCCUCCCCCCAGCCCAGGACAUUUUUGGAAAAAGAAAAUAAAAAAAAAAAAGAGUGGGAGGCACUUCUCAUCUCCCCAAGAACUCUUCAGUCCAGCCAGUUGUUUCCUAUAUAAAUGUGUUUUUCUGCCUGUUCAUUUCGGUGGGUGGCCUUUCCUGCCUGCCCCCACCGCCCACGCCCCUUCCCAGUCUGCCCUUGGCCUCCAGGGCGGCGGCAGCUGGGGUGGGGUCCCUGGGCCCUCCCUGCCCUCCCCUCUUUCUUUCUGUUGGUUGUCGCUCCAGCUGGCUGUAUUGCUUUUUAAUAUUGCACCGAAAGUUUUUUAAAUAAAAUUUUAAAAAAAGGAAAAGCGAAAA